AUGGCUACGGAUGACUCCAAUUCAAUCAUCAAGUUUGCUGACAACACGACAGUGGUAGGCCUGAUUACAAAGAACAAUGAGACAGACUACAGUGGAGAGGGUCAAAAGCUCCUUGACGUGCACAUCACUGAGGACCAGAAAUGGUUCCACCACAACAACACAGUGGUGAAGAAGGCACAACAGUGUCUCUUCAACCUCAGGCAGCUGAAAAAAUGUGGCAGGCCCGUAAGACCCUCACAAACUUCUACAGGUCUCACAGAGCGCCUGCUGCAGAAACAACUGGCUAAUACAGAUGAGGUUAUUGAGAAGCUCUUUUGUGAAGACUUCCCAAGUGUAACACCACUGGAUCCUCAGCUUGAAGAAAGUGCCAUUCAGCUGUGGAAUUGGGCAGUCACCAAACGUGUGGGAACAGCCAUAAAUGAGCACCAGAAAGCAAAAGUGCGUCAUGUUGCAUGCAGGCUGCUGUACUCCUGUGAGCCUGAGAAUCCAGCAGAGGGCGCUGUGCGCAAACAGAUCCUGAUGGCCAGCAAGACAGGAAGAACUUGGCUAGACUGUAAAAAGCCCCAGCUAGCUGAUAACUUCCUGAGCCUUGCUGUCAAAAGCUUGGAGACACUGUACAGCCGACUAACAUCCCGAGGCCAUGGAGGGGCAGACAUCAACACAUCGAAAGGAGAUGUGGAGAAGGACCUGCUUCGAGUUCUGUCUUACCAAGCUGAGUCGGCACUUGCUCAAGAGAAUCACCAAGAGGCUGUGGCCUGCAUGCAGCGCUGUAAAGACAUGCUACUGCGGCUCCCCAAAGAGACAGGCUAUCUCUCUCUCAUGUGCUAUAACUUCGGAGUGGAUUCCUACAAUAUGAAAAAGUAUGAGGAGAGUUCAUUCUGGUUGAGCCAGAGUUAUGACAUAGGGAAGAUGAAUAUAAAAUACUCCCCUGGCGCUGAAGUGCAAGCCAAGGUCUUGAGGCUCCUUGCCACUGUCUAUCUAAAGUGGGACUGUCAGCAGUUUCAGGAGAAGGCACUCAAUGCUGUGAACUUAGCCAAUAAGGAAAGUGUGCACCCCUCUGGGCUCUACCUGAAGAUCAGAAUUCUACUGAGAUGUGGGGCUCAGGAUGACCACGUAAGAGCUGGAGUGACAGAGCUGCUGGAGUCAGAGGUUCCUCUGGAAGUGUGUCUAAGCACAGUGAAACUACUCAUGGCUGAAGACAGAGAGACAUUGGCCUUUGACUACCUGAAGAGGGUGUGCCAGCACUUUGAGUCGUCCCCUGAACUGGGCAGUGCUCUGGUCCUGCACAUUGAGCUGCUGCUGCAGAGAGGCAAGGAGCUUCUGGGAAAACAGAAAAUAGAGGACAUCAUCACAGGCCACUACACUGGUAAACAGCUGUCUCCUCAGACUCUCACCUGUUUACAUCUCCUGCUCUGGGACAAAGCCUCCAAGAACUUUGAGACUAAGAACUUCUCAGAGGCUCUGCAGUGGUAUAACUACUCCUUGAGUUUCUACAAGGCUGGCCAGAUGGAGCCCAACCUGGCCAAGCUUCAGAGGAACAGAGCUUCCUGCUUACUGCAACUGCAGCAGCUGGACAAGGCCAAAGAAGCAAUAAAGGAGGCAGAGAGAUGUGAUCCAAACAGCAUCUUCACUCAGUUCAGUGUUUACAAGAUUGCUGUCCUGGAGAACAAUGUGGAGAAAGCUGCAGAGGCAGUGAAGGCCAUCGCGGCUCUGGCCCAAGGUCCUUUGACCAGUGAGGACAGACUGCUAGUGGCUGAGAAUGCUGCCUCCAACCUCCUCAGUCUAGCUGCUCAGAUCGCUCUGGAGAAUGAGCAACAAGACACAGCCAUGAAGGCUCUGGAGAGUUUGUGUGAACACUCAAAAGAUGAAGCUCAGGUUCUCACUGCUCUCAGGUGUUUGGUUCGACUAGUGCUCUCAACAAUAGAAAAGGCCAGUGGGGAGAUAGGACAUGCAAAUCUGGAUAUUCUGCUGUCAUAUCUAAAAAUGGCACUGCAGAAAGUGUCACAGCUCAGCCCAGGGCCUAGCAUGGCUGUAGAGCAGCGCACAGAGGACGCCAACUGGUUCAGGAAGAUUGCUUGGAACUCUGCGCUGCAGUGUGAGAGCAGCCCUGACAGGAUGAGGGAUUUCUUUCUGUUCUCUUACCAGCUGUCCCAGUUCUGCCCCCCGGACCGGUCCGUGUUGAUGGGCCAGAAGACGUGCCUGCUGAUGGCUGCUGCUGCCUCCCUGGAGCUCUGCAGGAAGUCUCCAUACUCUGACCAGACGGAGCAGCUGACACAAGCCCUGGAGCAUAUUCAGAUCUGCUGGGAGGUCUGGAAGAAUCUUAAAGCAUCAGGGGACAACUCCAAGGACCCAACCAACAUUUUGCUGCUGCUGUAUGAGUUUGAGGCUCGUACCAAGCUCAACGACCCCAAGGUGGAGACAGUGCUGGAGUCAGUGCUGGAGCUGGAUAAUGUUGAGAUCAAGGUGUUGGAGACCAUGGCAGCCUUAGCCAUGGAGCCUCCUGCCCACUUCCCUCUGCUGUGUAAGAAGGCCUUGAGGAUCGCUCUGUCUCUGCACAGGAAACAACCACAAGCAGACCUGGCCCGCUGCAGCCAGUGUGUCCACAGCCUGAUCCAGCUGUCGCUACCCAGCGGCGUGUCGGAUGUGGAGGCCCGUGUGCUGGAGGAGGUAUGGGGCUACUAUGAAGAGGCCCUGUCCAUCAUCACAGCCGCAGCUGAGGACUUCCCUGAGAUGGAGAUCCUGUGGCUGCUGACCCGAGCCUGGAACACAGGCAUCCUGCUGUAUAGCCUGGCCCAGUACCCCGAGGCUGAGAGGUGGUGUGGCCUGGGCAUGAGCUUCCUCCGCCACCUGGGCUCCCUGCAGGAGAGCUACCAGAUACAGAUGUCAGGUCUGUACAGUGAGGUCCUGGACAGACUAGACAAAGCCAAGAAGAACCUUAUCAUGGAGGAGUGAUCUUGCUGAUUGAGCUCUGCAGAGCACUUUUAAUGUCAGGUGCCUGAUAUCAUCCAUGUGGUAGCUGGGAUGGUGGUUUACUGUAUGAAGUCUCACUGGUUCCUGUGACUGGUCUUCAGUUUAGUCAGCUCCUCCAGGAUGUCAGUUGCAUCCUGCCCCUCCCUAAUAUUUCCCUAUGGAGAGUUAGCCUAGCCUAGUCUAGCUUUUGUAGUUCAUGUUUUGGUACUUCUCUACAUAAAUAAUUCUAUCCCCCCCGAUAUUACAUUCAAAUGAAUUUUACAUCGUAUUAUUUAAACAACUACUAAUA